AUGCAUAUUACCUAUGGUCUGCACACCCCCCCAUCCACGCCACCGCCGCAGGUCCAUCAACAAGCCUUAAGGAUUCCUCCCACACCGGAGUCGCGAUUAGGUAUCUUCCUCGGACGGUCUCUGGAGUUGAAAGGGAUAUUGGGGACGGGCGCCUAUGGAGUUGUAUAUUCUGCGAUCGAUCACUCUACCCAGACAUGGUAUGCGGUUAAAGCGCUGAGCAAAUUCAAUCCCAAUGGAGAGCCUUUGGACCGGAGACAACGAGAAUUUCAAUACAGGGAGAUCCAACUGCACUAUGCAGCUUCGGCGCACCCUAACGUAGUGUCCAUGUUGAAGAUUGUGGAUGAUCCCGCGUGCACCUAUGUGGUCCUGGAAUACUGCCCCGAGGGAGAUCUUUUCUCAAACAUCACCGAACGGGGUAGGUACGUCGGCAACGAUGGACUUAUCCGUCAAGCCUUCAUUCAAAUCCUGAAUGCCGUGGAACACUGCCACCGUCUGGGAAUCUACCACCGGGACCUCAAGCCGGAGAACAUUUUGGUAUCCCACUCCGGAGGCCAGGUCUUGCUCGCAGAUUUCGGUCUCGCGACCACGGAUCCCUUAUCCGAUGACCAUGGCUGCGGAUCAACCUUCUAUAUGAGUCCAGAAUGUCUGGACCAAUCUUCGCGGCACGCAUCAUACCGAUGCGCGCCCAACGACAUCUGGUCCCUGGGUGUAAUCCUCGUCAACCUGAUAUGCGGCCGCAAUCCAUGGAAGCAAGCAUCCACUGAGGAUGCCACAUACAAGGCUUUCACCCGGGACCGUAAGUUCCUGAAGACCAUCCUUCCUCUCUCGGAUGAGUUGAACGAGAUCUUGGGAAUGAUCUUUGAGCGCAAUCCAAAGGACAGGAUCACAGUCAGCGAACUCAAGCGCCGGAUCAUCGAAUGCCCAUCUUUCUCGUCGCCACCCCAACAACUCUUUGCUCCCUCACCCCCUUCAUCUCCCUGGUCGGUUGCUGCUGAUGAGCAUGAAUCGUUGUCCGACGAUGGAUCCGUCUUCUCGGAUUCUGGCUCCCUCACCAGCUCCUGCACCUCGCUCUCCGACCCCGACGACUCUGACUACGACUCCCCACCCGAAUUCCCGCCUGAGCCUAAAGCCCAACACACGCAAUUGAGUUUGGUUCCUGCGAACGACCGAGCCGCCACUAACGCGCCCCAUUAUGCUCAACGACCCGCUCCUCCGGCGCCCUUCAUACCGGCCUACGUUCUUCCUACCCAGGAAUGCCCUGUAAAUUCGUGGGGAGCAUCGCCCGCCGUGUCAAAGCCCAGCCCGUGGAUGCCGUCGCCGCAGUGGGGCCAUCCUUACGAGCACCAGUUCGAACACGUCCACUCAGCGCCUGCUGGGUACCCCCAAGCAGCCAUCUACUCCCCUCAGGCCCAACACCAGCAGUACAUGGGCCCUUUCCAUGGCUGGUGA